CACACUCACUCAAUCACUCUCUCUCUCACACACAAACACACAUCAGUUCUCUGAAAGCGAAGAUGGCAUCAUGGAUGGCCGGAAAAGCCCUAAAAGCCCUAAAUCCCUUCGCUCUGAGAACCCUCACCUCCUCCGCGCGCAGCUUCAGUGUCGCCGUGGCAUCCGGCGACUCCGAGAGCGAUCAUUCAUCAUUCACCUUCUCCUCCAAAGAUCCAAAACCCGGCGAGGGAGACGACACAAUAUACGUGAAGGGGCGGGAAAGGGCGUCCGGUUCCGUGAGCAUGCCGAUGUCGUUCAUGACAGGCUCGAUUGUCGGGAAACGGUUCUACAAUGAGGUGUCGACGAAAGAAGCCGACGACGGGAUUGGGUGGAGCGUCAUGCUGGAUUACAGGACGCUCAAAACCCCCUCAAAGAGGAAUCUCAAGUGCCCAACCCUAGCUCUGGCUAAGGCCAUUGCAGCUGAGUGGGAGUACCAGCUAGCAGAUGGAAUUAGACCAUUUACGAUGCCUCUGAUGAAGCUUGCUUGUACUGCAUUGGAAAGAGUACCGGUCACUAGGACAAAGGUAAUAGAAAAUCUGAUGCAAAAGUUCCAUCAAGAUCUGGUAUUUUGUCGUGCUCCCCGAGACAAUGAUCUUACAAGGGAUCUCCGAGAAUUGCAGGUGGAGAAAUUCAGUCCCCUAAUUAAAUGGGUGGAAUCGGAAUUUGGCUAUAAGCCGGUUGUGUACACUAGUUUCUUUGGUGGAAAGCAGGAAGAUGGUCUUGUUAAGGCUUUUGAGAACGUUCUUAAGAAAACAGAUGAUUAUGAACUAGCUGCAAUCGAUGCAAUUGCUGCUGCUGCACACUCUUUGAUCAUUGCAGUUGGCAUGUUUCGUGGGAAGUUGAGUAUUGAGCAAGCGAUUGAGUUGAUAAGACUGGAGGAAGAUUUACAGGUUGAUAGGUGGGGUUUGGUUGAAGGGGGCCAUGAUCUUGAUAUUGCCGAUCUUAGAGUUCAAAUUUCGUCUGCAGCUGUGUUUUUAGGACUUACAAGAAAACAUUAAUAUCUGCCUUAAUUAUAGUCAGAUCAAGGAUCGCCUUUGCAGCACUGGAUGCAGACCGGUGGCUGUGUCGUGAUAUCACAGUAACAGCAGGCUACAUCACAGUCACUGCUACAACCUGCAAGUAAAGCAACCAUCAGAGUAGUUUAGCAAAUACUAGAAGAGUAAGAUGUAUUCACGUCGAGCUAUGCAGAGCGCACCGGUUAGAGUAACGUAUUCAGACAUUCUUAGGGUUUGAGGGUUCACAAGGAGGGGGAGACGGGCAUUUGCUCCGGUAACUCGUGAUACUGGGUGAUGAAAGAUCACUAGAAUGAUCACAUAAACAGCAGCUAAAUUUGUGAUCUUUGUGAACAUGAUGGGUUGUGUGGUUAGUUCUUAGGUUGUUGAGGAUGUUAUGAGUCUAUAUAUAUAAUGGGACCAUAUUUUACAACAUUGUCAUCCAUAAACUGUGCCAAGAUUAAGAAUUGGGUGUUCAGAAAAGAAUUCUGAUAAGAAUUGAGCCCAUUCUAAUCGUAUGUGUGGAGGCCCCAUCUUUUAAUGAGGCAUCUUGUUUUUGCCGGGAGUUUAAUUUGAACCCGAGAGAGAGAGGUGAGUGAGUCGAGCUCGAUUUAGCUGUACUCGGGUUGGUAGUCUCGCAAGGCUUCAACUCGAGCUUGACAUUACUCGAAUUGGCCUUAUUAUGGUAUGUCAAGCUUGAGUCUAGGGUUAAUUGAGAUUCAGACAUGUUUUCAAUCUGAAAAAUUGAGUUGGGUUUUGCCCUUAAUUGAAGCUUACUAAACUUGGUACUA